AUGAGAAACCUCCUUGUCACCCUCCUUGCCGCCACGGCUGUCCAGUCCGUUCUGGCUGCCCCGGCCCAGGACCCGACGACGGCCAUUGCGCCGCACGGUCCUCCUGCGGGCCCCAACAAUGGCGGCCACUCGGGCGGCCACCCAGGCGGCGUCCCCGGUGGUGCUCCCGGUGGCGACCACGCCCAUGACCACGCCCAUGACCACGGCGAGGACGACAGGGAGCAUGGCGGCCCCGGCCACGACGGUGUCGGCCACAAUGGUGUCGGCCACAAUGGUGUCGGCCAGGCCCACCCGCCGGCCCCGCAGCCCCCACAGGCCCAUGCGCCGCAGCCGCACGACGGCGGUCACGUGCCCCGCCAGGCCCCAGGCACCGGUGACGACAAUGACGACGGCGACGACGACGACAGCAGCGAUGCACCUAUCUUCAAGGGCAAGGGUGGUGCCAAGGGCAAGGGUGGCAAGGGCAAGGUUGGCGGCCACAAGGGAAAGGGCGGCAAGGGCAAGGGUGUCGGCGGCCCGGGCGCGGGUGCGCCUGGUGCCCCGAUCAACCCGGGCGGUCCGCUCCGCCCUGCCGGCCCCACGGCCCCGACCAAGCGCCAGGAGGCCGAGAGUGACGACGACAGCGACACCAGCGCCGGCCCGGCGGCCGAUGCGAAGAAAGCCAAGGGCGGCAAGCACCACAAGGGCGGCAAGGGCCACGGUGCGAAGGGCAAGGGCGGCAAGGGAAAGGGUGAGGGUGCGGGCGGCGCUCCAGGUGCUCCCCACGCCCCUGAGGCGCCCAAGGCUCCCAACAAGCGCCAAGAGGCUGGUAGUCCCGCCCCGGGUGCUCCCGGUGCUCCCGGUGCUCCGGCAGACGGCGGCAAGAACGGCAAGAGCGGCCAUAAGGGUGGCCACAAGGGUAAGGGCGGCCACAAGGGCAAGGGCGAGGGUGCUCCGGGUGCAGGCGCUCCGGGUUCAGGUGCCCCCGAUGCUGGUGCCCCUGGUGGUGGUGCUCCUGGCGCUCCUGGCGCUCCGGGUGCUCCAGGUGCUCCAGGUGCUCCAGGUGCUGGCGCUCCGAUCGCUGGUGCUCCCGGCGCUCCGGGCAGUCCCAAGGCUCCCGGUGCCCCGGGCGCCCCGGCUAAGCGUGCCGAGCCUGAGCAGGGCAGCAACGCCGAUGCCGCCGACCGCAAGGGCCACAAGGCCCACAAGGGCCACAAGGGCGGCAAGGGUGCCAAGGGCAAAGGUGCCAAGGGCAAGGCCGGCGACCGUCCCCAGCCUCCUCCGGGCGCUCCCCAGGGCGAGCAGUAA